AUGUACGUCGACCAUCGUCGAGGCGGCUCAUUUUCCUGGAACACUAUUAUUUGGCUCGGAUUCCCGCUCCUGACGGCCAUUGUCGUGUUGGGUGCUUUGGUAAGUGUGGAGAAGAUUUUGCGAGUUGAAUAGAAUCAUUUUAGCACGAUUUCUAGAAAUACUAUAUAACAAAAGGUCACCCUUUAUUCAUGACAAUAUAUCUCGGCUGUGGGUGGAGACGGCAAAAAGUGGUCAACUAAUAAAAUGCUCAAAAAGACAUUCUGUACAUUUCGUCAGUUGAUCGCAUUUUGAUAUCUCCACCAACAACUGAGAUACAUCGUCUUGAAAAUAAUACAUUAAAUAGUUUACGUGGAGGAUGUUUUGACAACGUUUAGCUAGAAUCUUUUCAAGUUCUAUGAGCCAGGAAACGAUUUCCAAUUUUCCAGAUCUGCAGCUGUACCGCCUACCUGACCGCCUACUUCAACUCGAAGAAAGUGGGCCCGAUCGGCCGCAAUCCGAUAGUUCCGGAAUGGAUGCGUAUCCAGUACCCGACGCGCAUCGACUCGAGCUACCUGAUCCCCCACGUGCGGGUCCAGUGCCGUCCCUACUCGGUGCUCUACCGAAAACACGGUUACGAGGAGCCGAAACACUGCAUCUAUCGGAUGCGCAACGUGAUGAGACGCAUGUUCGGCGCGGCACGAAACGGCCGUCCGACGGUUGCGAUUCCGGACGACGCGUGCUUGAUUUCGGUCAAAAUGGACAAUUUCAAGUACGGCGAGCAGUGCACCGACUUUGAGCCGAUCGACGGAGCCGCCGCGGGCAGUUACUACGUGUAUCAGAUGUUCGGCGACGAUCGAAUCCAAGUGACGUACUAUGUGGAGGCGGGCGUCGCCUACGUCGCCGGCUUCUGCGUCUACAUCUCGAGUCCGUACCUCUGGAGUGCUCGGUACAAAGAGCAAGUGAUGUGGAAGUGUUGGAGUGCUCCCAAACUGCCGCGCAAACCUCAACGCUCAUCGCAACAUCUUCUGACAGACAUUUCGAACGUCUCCGAGUCGUUGCGAGUGAAUCAGUGCAAAAAGUUGAAGCGAGCCGUGAUGAUCGGACCGGGACCGCCCGGAAAAGUGAUGCACUACGAGUGGAACGAGGCCCUAAACACGUACAAAGUCACGGAUUGUGCCAGCUGCAGCAGCGCCGAGCAGCCCGACGCACCGCCCAGAUAUUCGUCGCUUUUGCUUUAA